UAAUGUCGAAAUCUCGUAGUCAAUCAUCUAUACCAGCAUUUUUAUAGAAAACAUAUGAUAUUUUGGAAGUAUUGUACUCUAUUUAAUUACAAGAAUCCUUAAUUGUAAGAUAUUGUAGGUUGGAAUGAAGAUGGUUCAGGAUUUCUUGUAAAAAAUGUGAUAGCCUUCUAAGAUCAAGUUCUUCCUAUGUACUUUAAGCAUAGAAACUUUGCAUCGUUUGUUCGCUAAGUAAUUAAUAAAAGUCAGCAUCUAAUAGAUGAAUAUGUAUGGGUUUCAUAAGUCAAGAAGUGAUUUAAAAGAGAACGAAUUCAUUCAUCCUCAUUUUAAAAAGGAUUAAAAGUAUAAUUAUUAUAUGUAAUUGAAGAAAUCUUUUAAAAAAAAUAAAAAGAAAAUCAGGUGAACAUAAUGAUGAAUAAUUUGCAAUAAUGGAAUUAAAACCACAUAGAAAUACUAAUAUAUAAGAUGUUAAUUAUUAAGUUAUAUUAUUAAUUAGAAAUAAAUUUAAGAAAUAUUAACUAAAUAACAAGAGUUAGAGAAAGUUUGUAAAAUAUUAAUUGAAUAAAAUAAUAAAAUAUUAUAAUGCAAUCAGUAACUAAGGAAUUAAUUGGUUCAAGAAAGGUAUAUAUAUAUAUAAAAAGUAAAUUAGAUUCAAUGGUAAUAAAAAGAUAUAGAAAUUAAAAGAUUACUUUUUAGGAUAAUAAUAAUAAAUAUAAAGUAUUGAAGAUGAUCCAUUAUAAGUAAUUAUAUUUAAUUUAAUAUUAGAAAAGAUAAUCUACAUCAUUAUAUUAAGCAUUGGAAUCUGAUAAUGAAGAUUUGAUUGUUGUAGGUAAGAAAAAAGUGAAGGAAGAUGAUUCUGAUAGUACAAUUGAAAGAAUGGAUAAUCAAUAUUCGAAUCCACCUUUAAUGUUGACAAAUGUAGAACAUUAAGAUAUUUAAGAAUCAAAUGAUGAUGGAAUAAUUCAAUUGUUGGGAGAUCAACAAUUAGAUGAUAUAUACUUUGAUUGA